UUAUGGAGUUCGCCUUGGGCCGAAAACUACAAGACCGCCCUGCUUGCCCAACCACUACUAAUACACUCACCAGACUCCGCGUAACCUUCUGACAAACUAAAUUCAGAAGUUGACUUCCUGGUGGUUCUCCGUCGAUACCUUCGAUUAGGUUCGUCCAUGGUAAUUGCUACCAAAAUGCCAUCACCUGGCUAUUUCACAAGUUUCAAACACCUAAUACCUUCCAGAUCAAGGAGGAUGGCAUGGUCUAUCAGAAGUGCAGCUGAUGGUGGUAGACUAAAUUCUUCCACAAACGACACUGGUGGAACUAGGCUUGUUAGGGCCAUGCAAGCUUUUCAAGUCAAGUUGAAUGCUAGAAUCAAGGAGCUGAGGAAAAAUCUUCCUACAAAGUUACUGUUUUUCUUGGUGGGCUUCUAUUGUGCGACUGCUUUCGCUACUGUAAUAGGGCAAACGGGGGACUGGGACAUUUUAUCUGCUGCGUUAACUGUAGCUGUAGUGGAGGGGAUUGGGGCUCUCAUGUAUAGGUCUUCUCUUCCCUUGGUGGAUAACAUAAGAAACUUGAUCACCUUGUGCAAUUAUUGGAAAGCUGGCCUUUCUCUCGGUCUUUGCCUGGAUUCAUUCAAGUAUUAAAUGGGAUAUGGUAAGAGUGUGUAUAUUGAAGUCCUGCAAAGACGUAUUCUCAAUACUUUAAGUGGCUUCUCACUCUUCUAAUUGCUCGAGCUAAUGCAUUACACAUUGGAAUCAUAAGGACUUUAUUGCUUCAAUUGAGAUUAACAUGAUAUGUGCUUAGUGCUUCACGGUCUGCAAGGAACAAUAGAAGUAAAGGAUCACUAUUGCGACUGCUGAAGAACAAUCUGUAUGAUUUGUAUGGUGCUAGAAGGACUGCAGCAACAGUUGGAUUUAUCCCUUAAUAGCUUAUCCCUUUUUUCAUCAGAUUUAUCUUCACUUCUCCGAAGUUGGCCCCUGUCAACUAUCUGAUUAGGUUUUACCAGAGUUGGUGAUAUUGCAGAUCUACCCGCGGACCUGGUCAGCUAUUGGCACAAGUUCAUGGCCGACAUUCCCCUUGUGAGAUACGGGCACUUUGAGAUCGAGCAUAUAUCUUCUAAAGGAUUAAUUGAGAAGUAUACCAGUACAAUCAUCGGUUAGCAAUUUUAGCUAUAAAAAACAGCCAUAGAUGGUUCUGUAAGUGAAGGUUGGAAACAAUCAGAUGUCAAGUUCUUUCAUCAUUAGGAAUGAAUUGGCUUAUUCGGAAAAGGGCUUGUUCUUUGGAAGAUCUGUCUUGAACAUGAAGAUGUGUAGAUCUCUUUCUGCUGCAUGCUGGGUGCAAACCAAAAUACCCAAGUAGAGCAUUUCUUUCUGAUCAUCUACCGCUGGUGUACACAGUGAGUGGACAGAUGAUUCCUUCAAAAAGGAGAUUUUGUUUUUGUACAGGCAUAGGAAGAAAGAAAGGGAGUAUGAAGAUAAUUCCACAUUUUUUUUACUUUUGUAUACACAGGGAAAAAGCAACAAGCAUCCGCUGGUGGAAUGGACUGCUGAUAAACAAUUAUCAUUGUAGAAUUGUAUUAAUGGUAUCUAUAAUUAACCAUAAUGGGUUAAUUAUGCCAAUGAUCAUCAAAUCCUUAUUCAUUAUGCCAAGUCAACAAAAAUUGAGAAAUUAGAAUUGGGGAUUAAACACUUUGAGAUAAGAAAAUGUAAUGCAACUUUAG